UGGUUUCAUGAUGACGUCGACAACAACGGCACCGAUGACGACAAGAUCGAUGGUGGUGGCGAUAGUGGAAUCCGAACAGAGUAGAUAAAAAUAAAGUGCAUGUGCGUGGCGGAAGCAAAGUUGUAGUGCUCGAUUGGAGCUGGUUAUGGGUAUGGUCGAGUUUUGCAGCAGCAUGGGGCAGAGCAGGACGUGCCACUUGCAGGACAGUUAUUGCGGCAUAUGCGCUUCGCAGAUUCAAAUUUGGGAGUUGGCCGUGGUUGGUAUGAUGCUGUGUCGACGCCAUCGUUUCUGGGGCUCUGCGCUGGCCAUUACCGUGAUACGGGUGGGGCCAGCGAGUGCGCCAGGGUUGAUAGUGGGGUUCCUCGGCUCCAUUGUGGAAACCCAUAUGAGAAACGUCGCACCUGCUUACACGAACUUUCCUCAUGUCGGGCAAGAAAUGUCUGGUGUCGGCGAUUUUUUCGCGCAAGCACAUGCCUGCAUGGCGUGCGCGCGCCUUGAAUUGGUGCAGGCGCUGAUGCGCGUCGGCCAUGGCCACUCCAGUGUUGCCGCCCCCUUUACGUUUGUGUUUUUUCAGUUCUUGGCGGCCCUGCAGCUCCUGGGCGUCGUUUGAACUAUUUGCGCCGAGCUCCAUGUGUGCAGGCAGACAUCGGCUGUAGCUAAAUGCGCACCGAAACGGUCGCGUGAAGCCCUCCAUGACGGUAGAGUAUCAGCCAACGUUUUUUUGUUUUUUGUUUACCCCCCUCACUGCAGUCCCUGGCCCCCUCCUCCCACUCUUCUCCUCCCCUUCCAUCCGCCUUCGGCUGCCUGGUCGACUGGGCCUGCUCCUUUGUGCGUGCGAGCCGCGCUCCUGACCCCCGGGCGCGACGGCUCGACGACGGCUGUCGAUGGGCACGCCGUCCCCCACGGCACGCCCAGGCCUCCUCCGCGGUGCUUCCGCGGGCGCGGGGGCCGCGGGGGCGCGCGGGGCCGCCGCUGGCGCGGGCGCGCGGGCCCGCGUGGCCCCCGCCCUGUUGCCGCCGGCUCCCUGCCGUGCACGCGCGCGCGUGCCGAGCCGCGGGGGGGAAGAGCUCCUCCUCGGUGGCGAAGUUCGAGCUCCACCCUCGCCGAUCGACGAUUGGCGCAACUCGAUGGGCGGCGGGGGUACGGUGCGGAAUGCGUCGAGCGCGUGGCGAAAUCCAGGCCCCACCCCCGCCUCCCAUCGAGUCAGGAGAAUCGGUGGCUCGUAGGAGGUAGGGUCCGGAUGUCGCCACCUAUCCUUGAUCCCUUCGUUAUGACUUUCUUCCUCGUCCCCCUAGCCCUUCUCCGCCAGCAGCGAAGCAGGCGCAAGCGCGGCUGCGGUCUUCGACUGUAAAUUACGUGGCGCCUCGCGUCGGGACUCUUUCGGUAGCGCGGCCCUUUGCCGAGAGGGAGGGGUGGAGGACGAGGAGGGGCGACAAGCGUGUUGUUCAUAGGUUGCCUUUUGCAUGUGUCUUCGUUUGCCAUGCAGCGUUGCGUGCAGUAAUUAUCGCGCCACUUGUGCACUUGCUGUCUUCGCAUGCCGCUGCCAUUUUCAGCAUGGUCCGACGAGGCCGCGGAGGCCGACACGGUGACACGCGUGCUG